AUUUCACGUUGAGAGAGUCUCAUACGCUAAUUUGUCGUACUACCCUUCAAAAGAAUAAAAGAUGCAGUAAGGUUUGACCAAGGAAGUGGAGAGACUCUCAAGGGGGGUCACAGUCAGUGAAGAAGAACCAUCCAGCAAAACCAUAAGCAGCAACCAAGCUUUGCUGCUAAUUUUUGCAUUCGCCAUUUCAAUAAUCUCCAUUGAAUCAUCAUUAUGAUGGAAUCUAUGUUCUUCAGUUCAUCAUCUCCACUUCAGCUAUCACUCCCUCCCAAAUCUCUUCCCUCUUUUCCUGUUUCCAUUUCAUCUUUCACCAAGUUCAAAUCAAAUUCAAGACCUGGGCGACCUGGGCUUGUUUUACUUCCGGCGAUGUGCAUUCCAGGGCCAAUUCAGGAUACUGAAAAGUCGGAAAAUGCUGAAGAAAUUCCGGUCCCCUCAUCUUCUUCAUCCAACAAUUCGACAUACACUUGGUGUGCAGCUCUUGGGGGGUUGGGAUUUCUUGAAACCACCUAUUUGACUUACCUCAAGAUCUCUAAUACUGAGCCGUUUUGUGCUGUCGGUGGUGGGUCUUGCAGUGAUGUCCUUAAUAGUGAUUAUGCCGUUGUUCUUGGUGUCCCUCUUCCGUUAAUCGGGAUGACUGCUUAUGGACUUAUCAUGCUUCUCGGUCUUAAGCUAGGGGGAUGGGAUUUGCCAAUUAAAAUCAAUCAAACUGAUGGUCGUCCACUUUUGCUUUCUGUUUCUGCUUCUAUGGCAGCUGCGAGUAGUUACUUUUUGUACAUUCUAGCUACUAAAUUUGAUGGAGCUUCGUGUUCUUAUUGCUUGGCAUCCGCUACUUUGUCAUUCAGCUUGUUUUUCAUCAUCUUGAAGGAUUUUGGAUUGCAGGAACUCCAAAAGAUUGUUGGUUUACCAUUGUGUACAGCUGCUAUUGUGCUUGCAGUUUUGAACACCACAUAUAAUUCACUACCGCCAAUCAUGUCAAGUUCUGCGGCCAUGGAUUUGCCUUAUUACACAACGGAGAUCGUUAAGGAAUCGAGUCCUUUUGCAAUAUCACUCGCUAAACAUCUCAAAUCUGUUGGGGCAAAGAUGUAUGGAGCUUUCUGGUGUUCACACUGUCAAGAGCAAAAGGAGAUGUUAGGUCGUGAGGCAAUGAAGUUGUUAGAUUAUGUCGAAUGUUUCCCGGAUGGAGUCAAGAAAGGAGUUAUGAUGGUUCCGGCUUGUACGAAAGCCGGGAUUGAAGGAUUUCCUACUUGGAUUAUAAAUGACGAGGUCUUUAGCGGAGAGAAGACACUAGAAGAGCUAGCGGAGAUAUCUGGUUUUGGUAACGACUCUGUAAAUCAACCUAACUAACGCUGUGGCUUCCCAAGUUUUUGGGCCUUGGAGACGACAAAAUUCCGGCUGUGACGCAUGUGAUAUAUGUGCACUUGUUUGGCGUCCAGUAUCUAACCCUCAUUUUUUUGGGUUAAGGCUUCCAACAUUUAACAAAGCUAUAGCUACCCCUUUCUAUGUAUUAUUUUUAAGAGCAGUUCAAUGAGUGUGAGCUGUUUAUGAAGAAGUCGUUAUUUGUUGUAUAGGGGUGUUCAGCGUGAAAAGUGAACUGGAACAGAAAAACAAACAAAUUGGGAGGGGUAAGUGUCAUUGUUAUGUGUUUGGUUUAACUAUGAAAUGUAGACAGUAAGUUUUGUUUUUCUUUGUUGUUUGGUAUAUGUAUAGCCUAUAGGGAGUUAAAUUUUCAAUUCAGAGAAUAGCCCUUAAAAUA